GCAGUCUACUCCACCGCCGGAAGUGGGCGGUCCCCGCAAUGAUGGCGCCAGGCGCAGGGUAGAGGAGGCGACCCCCGUCGAUGGUUCGUGACCUCGUCUCGGCCGCAUCAGCUUCGCUUCACGCGGACGCGGCCGGUAGCGUGUGGCGCGACGGGCCCGCGCGUCGGGACGCAGCGCGGCCGCUCCCCGAACGGAUACACGGCGCUCGCGACGGGUGCACGACUUAGGCCGCACAGCCUGCGGUGUUGCCUUGAGGCGCGGGCCGCAACACGGGCCGUGGACGCGGCGGACGCUAGGUGCCCAAGCUUCGGGCUCGGCCACGCAUUGCCACGCCGCUCAGCUCGUGUCCUCCCGCUCUUCCUCAGCCUUCCCUGCGCGGGUCCCGUGUAAGCGAAGGGGAGGCCGUGCUGGGAGAGCCCGGCUUCCGAAGCCAAGGGGCAAGGCACGUGGUUCCCGCGUGGGGCGCGAGGUUCGCGCCGCCACCGCUGGCGGGACGGCCAUGUCGAAGGUUCGGCGCACGGUGACGGUGGAGAGCUCCAAGACUGUGUCGGAAAACGCGCUGCGCCGGCCCAGCGUCUUUGAGCGGCUGGGCCCAGGUGGGGGCGGAGGAGGAGGAGGAGGCGGCGCCGGCACUGGCGGAAGCACCGGCAGCACGACGGUCACCCCCGUGCAGUCCAAGACAACCGAGAUUUGCCGCAACUGGAUGAAGGGGCGCUGCAACUAUGGCAACAGCUGCAGAUUCAGCCACCCGCUCCCACGAAGCAAGAACUACCGCGGAAGCAAUCGCAGGUCCCCCGACCGUGUGACCACCGAUCUCCGUGAGCGCAUGAAGAACAAGCGGCAGGACUUGGAGGCAGAGCCGACGUCUCGCAGGCAGGAAGCUUCACCCUCCCCUGGCAGGAGGGACUCCACAAAGGUGAAGCGCCGGAGCAAGGAGGAGGCCAACAUCAAGAUCAUCAAGGCACGCACGCCCCCUGAGAGUGACGGAGAACCUCCCGCCUGGGACCAUGCCCGUGAGGGUAAGAAAGGCUGCUCUUUGACAGACUCGGACAACGGUGAUGCCGCCUACGACUUCGGACAGGCGCUGUCGCUGGAGCUGCAGCGCCAGAAGCUGCAGCUAGAGCUGAUAAAGCUGGAGCAAGAGCGCGAGUUGGAGGAGCGUGAGGAGCUCGUCAUCCAAAAGCAGGUGUCUCCGGAACCGGCUGUUAGCAAGCGGUCGCCAUCCCCCAAGAGGAAGGGCAAGUCCCCAAAGAGGAGGAUCCUUUCUCCAUCCUCUCCCUUGGCCCUGCAGCCUCCCAACAAGAAGAACAAGAAAGGCCCACGAACGCCGUCUCCACCCGGCGACGCUGAGCGGAAAUACCCCAAGCUGCUGGGCAAGAAGAAAGGACCGCGCACGCCCAGCCCCUCGCCGCUCCCGCCCAGCAACGAGGCCCGGCUGCUGAAGAAACACAAGGACAAGCUGAAGGAGGCGGAGGGCAAGAACAAGGAGCGCAAGGAGAUGCGGGACGGCAAGGCGGCACGCGGUGACGCCAAGGAGCCUAAGCACAAGGGCAAGGACGCGGAGCGCGGCCGUGACAAGGACCGAAAGGACCGCGUGAGAGACAAGGCGAGGCACCACUCGGACUCCUCCACCACCAGCCCCCAGCACUCCCCGUCCCCACCGGCCAACCGCACAUCCCGACGGUCCCCGUCGCCGGUGCACAGGAAGAGCGGUUCGGCCCGGGUGGUCAAGCCCCUGGGCCGCAACCGCGAGCAGCAGCAGCAGCGGGAGAUGUCGUCACGCUCGCCCGAGCGGGGCAAAGAGCGCAGGCGCCCGUCGCCAGACACCGGCAAGGAGCGCACCAGGCGGCGCUCCUUGUCCUCCGAAAGCAGCAAGGACCGGCGCUCGCACUCCCCGCUGGCGCCGAGCAAAGACCGAGGCCGCCGGCGAUCCUUGACGCCCGGCGCCGGCAAGAACCGGGCAAAGCAGCGCCGGCUGUCGGCCAGCGGGCGGGAGCGUGGCGGCCGGGCGUCGCCCUCGCCCGGUAAGGAGCGUGCGCAGGAUUGGUCGCCGGGGACGGGAAGAAAGCGGCGCUCGUUGAGUCCUGGAAAGCGGGCGCCACGCAGACAGUCUCACUCUCCGCCCGCCGCGGCGGAGCGCGCCUCGCGCUGGUCCCAGUCGCCGGCGGCCACGCGCAGGGACAAGCACGGCAAGCAUCGCGGCAAGUCGCCCGACGGGGCCAAGGAGCGGGCCAAGCGGAGGUCGCUGUCUCCGCCGGUUGGCAAGGAGCGCUUGCGCCGGCAGUCGAGCUCUCCCGAGACGAACAAGAGCCGCUGCAAGCGACGGACACAGUCCCCGGCCGUGGUUGCCGCGCGAGGGCGGUCGCGGACGCGAUCUCGGACGCCCGGCGCCGGCAAGGAGCAGGUGCGACGACCCUCCCACUCGCCACCUGCCCGAAAGGACAAGGGCAAGCGUCGAUCGGCCUCCCCGCCUCUCUCGGGCAAAAAGCAACGGUCCAAGUCACCGGUGGGCGUUAGACGGCGCUCCCGAACUCCCCCCAAGCCCAAGCAGCCCUUGGUGAGGUCCCCGGUUGUCGGCAAAGAGCGUGGACGCAAGCGAUCGCCGCCGGUGCCCUCCCCCCCACCGGUCGCCACCCUCGCUGUCCCCACCAAGCAGCUUGGCAACAAGCGCAAGUCUCGCUCGCCCGUUCUCGCGCCAGCAGAGAGGAGCCGCGAGCCGAAGCUCCUGUCCCUGUCUCUCCCAGCAAAGGAGCUCCCCAAGCGGGAGAGAGAGGCACUGGCACUGCCGCCCAAACCACCGUCCCCUCCUCCGCGAAAGGGGCAAUACCGCGGCUGGUCCGAGUCUCCGCCCAUCGGAGCUGACCAAGGCCGGGCCUGGUCGCAGUCGCCGCCCUCCUGCAAGGACCCGUCCAAGCGCUGGUCCGAGUCGCCUGUGCUGGUGCCCCUCCCACAGCACCACCGGCGAGCCGCACCACCAUCCCUACUGCCGGCGCCGGAGCCCAAGCGGCCCUCGCCUGCGCCAGCGAAGCCGCAGGCGAACCGUCAACGCGCCCAGUCUCCGGCGUCCAGCCCUGGCAGCUCGCCAGACCGGUCGCGCAAAAAGUCGCCCCCUUCCCAACCGGUGUCCACCUCUUCCACCGUCUCCAAGAAGCACCUGCACUCUUCCCCCCCACGAAGGGUGGUGCGACCACGUAGUCCCGAGUCGCCGCAGCAAGUUCGGCGGCGCAGCGGAAUCGGCGGGGGCAGCAGCGGUAGCGGGAUCGUCUCUCCGCGGCAGCGCAAGCAGCCGGCGGCUCCGCAGCCCCAGCAUCUGGAGCAGCGCGCCGCCUCGCCGGCCCCCGCCAUCACCGUGACCGCUCCCGAGGGCGCGCGCCGGGCUUCCCGCUCGCCUGCGCGCAAACCUGCCAACGACCCGUCACCCCCCUCCAGGGCGAGGCGCACAGCGCUGCUGCACGGCCGCCGCUCGGAGAGCCCCCAGGGUCGACGCCGUCGCCCCCCCUCACCGGUGCCGCCGCCGCCACCGCCGGCGUCCUGGGACCGCCCCAAGAGGGACGCGUCCAAGCGGCGAGAGCCGGACAAGUCUCCGGACAGAGUCGACGACGCGCGCGCGAGGAUGGACAAGCGGGAGGGCAAAGACGGCGGCGAGGCGGAGCGCGCCGCCGCUCGAGAUCGCGAGCGCAGGGAAGAGCGCGACGCCGGUCGGCAGCCGCCGCCGCCACCCGAAAAAGCGCCGGAAAAGGAGAAGGCCCGGUCGGAGCGGGAUGGCAAGGUCGAGGGCCGCUCGGACGGCUGGAGGGACGGCAGGGGGGCCGCAAGGGAAGGCCGGGAGCCGCGCCGGAGGGACGAGGCUUCGGCGGGAACGACCGGCGCCGCGGCCGCUGACGACAGGGCGUUUGGGCGCACGGGGCGCAAGCGGGAGGAGGGGACGCGCAAGGAGGAUCGGAGCGGCGAGCGGGGCGGGCGCAGCAACGAGCGCGCGCAGGACAGAGGUGGCCGUGGCGGCGUUGGUGGCGGCAACACCAGGGUUGGGCUUGCCACGUGGGACAGCAGGGCAGCGGCGGCACCCGAGAAGGCCGCACGGGAAAACCGCGAUUCCGGCCGCGACGUCUCGUUCGACAGACGUGAAGAGCGCCGGGAAAAUCGCGAGCGAGACGGCGCCGCGGCCCCCGGGAGCCGCCCGGCGUCCCCACCGGCGCGACCCUCCCAGCGCGGAGGCGGCUCGAGGGAUCUGCCGUCUCUGCCCCCGGCCGGUGAUCGCGAUGCGGCGCGGCGGGAGGUGGAAAGGAGAGAGCGCGACCGCACCGACGGCGGCGGCGCCGGCGACCACAGGGACCGCGACAAGGAGAGGGAGCGUUCCGGCGCCGAGCACCGCGAGCACCGCGACAGGGAGCGCGUGGAUGGGGAGCGGAGGGAACGCGAGAGAGCCGACGCCGACCAUCGCGAGCGCGAGCGCUUGGACGCCGAACACCGCGAGCGCGAGAGGGAGCGCGAACGCUUGGCCAACGAGCUGCGGGAGCGCGAGCGGGCGCGCCCCGCGGACGCGGAGAAGAAGGCCGAGCGAGCGAGGGAGCACAGGGAGCAACGCGAGAGAGAGCGGGCCGAAGGGCCGGACGCUGGCGAGAGGGAGCGAGGCAAGGAGCGGGAGCGCGAGGCGGAGAGGGGGGGCGGCGGCGGGCGAGGGCGCGGCGGGCGCGGCCGCAGGAGGGAGGAGCGAGAGCGGCGCAGGGAGGAGCCGAAGGAGGAGCGGCGCGAGGACGGAGACAAGAAGAGGAAGCGGACGCGAGACGUCAGCAGCCCGACUUCCCCGCGGCCGACUGCAAAGAAACUGCGACUCAAGUCACCCGAGAGCGCCGACUCCUCCAACAGCGGGGAUGACCGAAGGCAGCGCCGGGGCAGGGAGAUGCGCCUAUCCAGCCAGGUGGUGCUGCCAGUGGAGUCGACGCUCGCCGUCGGCAGUCCAGCGCGCCGGGCCGAGCAGACGCCGGAGCGGCGGCGCGAGGCCGACCGGGCCCACGGCGUCACGCCCGACCGCAACACCAGCCUCAUCCAGGAGCGCCUCAAGUCGGUGGCGGCGGGCGAGGCGCUGCCCACGCGCGAGAUCGACGUGCGCGAGCAGUUCGUCGACCGCCCGCGCAUGCCCCAGUUCCGCAAGCGCAAGCCGAGCCGGCCGCAGCGCCGCAAGCACAGCAAGUCGGGCUUCGGCGACAGGGCCGCGGGAUCGCGCGGCGGGAGCAGCACCGGGGAGCGCGAGGCGCCGCACACGCCACCUCGGCUGUCGGAGCGAUCGGACGACUCUGCCCCGGAGAGCGGGCGGAGGAAGAGGGCACGCGAGGAGGCGGAGUCUUCCGAUGACGAUUCGGUGACGCACGCCAAGAAACGCAAGGGGCCCAGCACCCCGCCCGUGCCCGCGCCCACCCCGCCCUCUUCCUCGCAAACCGAAGUGUCGCGGGACGACGUCGUCGUCGUCGUCGUGAAGAAGGAGCCGCCCGCGGAGCGACCCGAGAGUCCCAAGGAGGUGGACGAGAAGCCGGCAAGCAUCACGGCCGGCGAGGUGUUCAGCGAUUGGUCGGACGAGGAGGUGCCGUGCCGCCCCGAGGGCGAGCCGAGGGGAGACGACGAGGCGAGGAAGGGCGAGCGUGGCGGAGAGGUCCGCGGCGUCGGACUCCACGCCGAGAGGCCGCGGCCCCUCGGCGGAGAGGCCUUCGAGAAGGGGCCGGAGUUUGAGCGGUGGGAGCACGGGGGAGCGGACGAGCGGCGCGGCAACACGGCCGUCGUCCCCUGGGAGCGCGACGCUGAGCUCGAGCGGGAGCAGGGCGAGAGCUUCCGCAGGCAGGCGCCGGUGCGCGACGAGCACUGCUUCUCGCCCGUGGGCUUUCUGCCGCCCGCCGAGCCCCACCGGCUCGAGUGGUUCCACGCACGGCGCGACCCCGCCCUGGAGCGGGACUUUGAGGACGGAAGAUUCCGGUGCGAUGUGCCUCUGGCGCCCCUUGCGCCCCUGGCGCCCCUGGCGCCCCUGGUGCCCCUGGCGCCCCUGGCUCGCGAGGGCGAUCGGCCCGGCUGGGUGGACAGCUUGCUGGUGGAGCGCGGCUUCGAGGACCUACGCAGGGACAGCCGCGGCAGGGAAGACGCACGGCCGAUGCGUGACCACGCCAGCCUGCUGUGCGAGCACCACGGCCGCAGUAGCAGCAUUGGCAGCAACCAGAGCCGCACGUCAAGCCGGCACCGCCGCUCCACCUCCACCGAGUCCCCGCAGCGCGCCGCCCGCACCGCCGAGGAAGACCGCGCCGCCACCAUCGGGCUGCAUAAGCCCAUCCUGCUCCCCGUGGGCCUCCCCGUGGGCCUCCCCGUGGGCCUUCCCGCGGGCCUCCCCACGGUCCUGCCCAUUGGCCUGCCCAUGGGCCUCCAGCCCAUGGGCAUGGGGGUGGUGCCGCCGCCGUCCGCGUUGGUACUGGGCACGGAGGAUAUAGCUGCGGCGACACCGCCGCUACCGCGUGCCGGAUCGCGCGAGGCCGACCGUGACCGGCGGAGGAACCGCAGUGCCGAGCGGUCAUUGGACCGACGCUCGUCCCGCCUGGAGCAGCUUCGCCGGGAAGAGUCUGGCUCGUCCGAACGCCAUGACGUGGACCGACACGGCCGCGGCUCGCGACACAGCUCACCGGAGUCGGGUCGCUGGGGCCACGCCCGCGCCGGCUCUUACGACGGCCGGGAGCGUGGGGGGGCACCACCACGCAACUGGGACCGGAGACGCGGGGACCGCGAGCGAGAGCGCGACGGCGACAGGCCGCAGGCGCCGUUCGACCACCAGCACCACCACCAUCACCACCACCACCACGGACCGCCGGUGCCAGGCCUAGCGGGCACGCCCCGCGGGGAUUUGCCCGCCGAACUCGGAACCGCGCGGCAGUCGGAGGACGGCGCCGCCGUUCGAGCGGCGCAGGAGCACGGCAGCCACGAUGGGCGAGCGGUCGACACUGCCGACGGAAGGGACGCGGAGAUGGGACCGUCAGGAGCCUCGUACGAAGAGUACGAGCCCAUCAGCGACGACGAACUGGAUGAGAUGCUGGCCGACGGCGCAGACGGGUCACGUGACCCCAACAAGCAGACAGACCCCGCGGACGUGGCUGCGGUGGACUGGUCGAGUCUGGCGAACGAGUCGAAGGAGGUGGACGGAGAGCAGCGCGAUGCCGGCAUGGCACUGCUGCGCUUCACGCCGGGCGCCGUGCUCCUGCGACUCGGCGUGUCGGCGCGCCUGGCCGGGCCACGCCUGCUGCAGCGAAUCCGCGACGCCUGCAAGGAGACUUCUGCCAGCGCCCCGGACGUGGAGGCGAUGCUGGAGCAGGAGCUGGGGGCGCUGGGACGGGCCGUGCUGGGGCGCCGACAUGAGCAGGCGGCCGUGCUGCACGUGGCUGCACCAUGCCACCGCGCUCUCUGCUACCGCCGGGACCUCGCCAUUCGCAGGCAGAUGCUGAGCGGCAAGAUCGGAGGCCAGCAGCCCUACACGAACGCACCGAGCCUGGACCCCGAGCUGCUGAGAGCCAGCCUAAGGCUGUUCAAGCGACGGCGUGCGGGAGUGCCGCCCCUGUCGCCCAGCGAUGACGUAUGCUUGGGCGUCCCAGACGUCCUAAACAAGAUGCCGGCGGACCGAUCGUUGUCCUCCUCACCCUGCUUUGUCGUCCCGUAGAGUUCGCGGGGAACUGUUCAUUAAAAAAAACUGUUUUCCUAGGACAUACCGCGAACUGGAGGAAUUUUGUCUGCUGUUUGUUUGACAGUGAAUUUUUUUUCAUGACUUCCAUCGCCUCGGACCGAAAUUGGAAUUUUCAAGCAAGAUUCUUUUGAGAUGUGCUGUAUUUUUUAAGAAUAUGGUCAGCAAUGCUCGAGCUGAAAUUCCUUUCCAGAGUAUUUUCUGGUCUCAAUGUGAUUCUGAUGAACAGACUUUGGGAAACCCACCUGGAAUGCUGUCAUAUAAAGAACAUUUGUGGCAUUCGUUUUCACUGGAACUGCACAGAAACUCAUUACUGCCUGCCCAGAUUGCAUCAGAUUUUAAAUCUCAAUGUUUCCCCAGAACUGGCUUUGUAUGUUGAACUUCUUUCGCACCAUACGUAGCCAACUGUACUAAUCGGUGGUGCCAACUUCUGUCGAAAUCUUGCAGUUGAAUGUUACAUUGUGUAGACAACACAUGUUAGCACUGCAUUCAUUUUACAACAGGCGGUCCGAUACUUUGAUUCACGCUAACGUGUUUUGUGUUUUCACAGUAAGUUGCUAUUUUCCUUUUUCAGUAAAAGAAAUACCUAGAAAAUGGGGCGUUUAAUGUGUGAUGUUUUUUUUGUUCACUGGAGGCUUUGCUUAGAAUGUUUUAAUUGCCACAGUGUGUCUUAAAUUUUCAUUUGUAUGACGGGGCUGUUACUGCUCUUGCCAUUGAUGGAGACUGGGACUCCGUACGGACGGUUUUGCCACUCGGCCGAUCACGCCCGUCACGGUGCGAGCGCACGAGUGCAGCCUUCAUAUUCACCGAUGCGGAGGACUUGACCAGACCGCGGCUCGGGGUGCGGUUUAACCAAACUCUUGACGGACAAGCAGAGGUGCGUGAUGCUGAAGAGUGUAUUUUUUACCCGGUGCAAAAUGACUGAGCGACGUGGAGCUAGUUGCGAUGGGACCUGAAUCCUUGUUGCAGUGGCGAUAUCGGCCGUCGUUUCAUUCUUGACGUUAAAUGAACUCGUGAACACAUGCCUCGUGCAACUGUGAAGAGCGCAAACUUGCUCCGAAGUACCUGCAUGGCUGCUGCAGCAAGACAGCAGAUGACAGCUGCUGUGGAGCAUCCAUCCCUUCCGUCUGGAAUUGGGGGAGCCACCUCUGUGGCCUCGACUCGUGAACUGUGGUGCGUGUAUGGGACUCUUCUGCCGAGUUCGCUGUACACCGAGCUGCUGCUGCUAUUCCAUCGGUUGUAAGUUCUGCUGGGCUGUUGGGACGCUUGAUAAUAAAGCCAGCCGGUAUUUUUUUUUUA